UUUUAGGAUAAAUUAGUCUCUAUCCUGAGAUCGCAAGGGAUUAAUCUAUGCUCAUUUGUGUACGCAAUUCAUGUUAUUUAUCUGUGGCGUUUCUUCCACAAAGGGAAAGAUUCAUAGUGUGCAUAAUUGCAAAUAUUAGCCCUUGAUCAAACUAAGCCACUACCCAUCUGGCUCUUGUUGACUUUCCAAUAACUUUGGUGAUCAAUGCAUAAUUGCAAAUAUCGUCAUGGAGAUCAAUGCAUCCCCCCACAGCAUUAAUUCAGUCAAGUACAGGGUACAUGAAAAACAGCCUUACCGAACUUGGUACCACUUUCAGCCCCCACAAGGCCACAAAAUUGGAUGAAUGGCAUUAUCCUUAGCACUCUCGUAUAUUGUCCAUUCACUUCUAGCACACACAUGCUUAUGUUCUAAAUCACUGUCUCUGUCUAAUUAUUUUCCUUGCCAUUUGACAUGUUUUGCUUGUUGAUGAAAAUCGAACAUGGUUGCCUUCAUCUUGCAGAUCCAAAUGGACCAAUGUACUGCAAAGGAGUUUACCACUUUUUCUACCAACAUAACCCUUUGGUAGGCAUACGGUACGGGGUCAUUCCGUAUCCUAUGAUCUCAUCAACUGGAUUCAUCUAAACCAUGCUCUUGAACCAAGUGAGUCCUAUGACAUUAACGACUGCUAUUCAGGCUUGAUCACAACCCUCCCUGGGGAAAAACCUGUUAUUAUGUAUACAGGGAAUGAUACUAACAAACAUCAAAUUCAGAACUUGGCUAUGCCAAAGAAUCUAUCUGACCCCUGCUUAAGGUAAUGGGUGAAACACCCCCAAAACCUAUCUUGAUUCCACCUAGUGAAAUUUGAAUUGGAGGGUUUCAGAGACAUAACAAUUGCAUGGCAAGGAGUUGAUGGAAAAUGGGGAGUAAAUAUUGGUGCCAAAAAUGGUGAUGAUGGGAAGGCUCUUCUCUACCACAGUGAGGAUUUUGUUAAUUGGAAACUACAUCCCAAUCAUGCAUCAGACAAUACUGGAAUGUUUGAGUCUCUAGAUUUUUUCCAGUCUACAUAAGUGGCUCAAAGAGUGGGGUUGAUACAUCAGUCCAAAACUCCAGUGUUAAGCAUGUCUUGGAAAUGAGUUAUCAAAACAAACAACUAGAGUACAAUUUUCUAGGUGAAUAUUUUCCUGAUCAGGAAAAGUUUACUCCUGAUGCUGAUGAUUUGGAAGGAACUAACCUGAACUUAUUAUUGGACCAUGGGAUGUUUUAUGCUUCCAAGUCAUUUUUUAACUAUGCCAAGAACAGAAGGAUAUUAUGGGGAUGGUCAAAGGAGUGUGAAUCCACACAAGAUGAUUAUGAGAAAGGAUGGGCUGGUCUACAGAGUAUUCCAAGGCAAGUUUGGCUUCAUAAAAGUGGGAAGUGGUUGAUGCAGUGGCCAAUUGAAGAGGUAGAAAAACUACGUGACAAACAAGUUAGCAUAAUGAGAGAGAAACUGGUUGGAGAAUCAACUAUUGAAGUCUCUGGUAUCCCUGCAUCACAAAUUGACCGCUCAAUAAUAGAAAGUUUUGGGGAGAAAGGGAGAAUUUGUAUAACUAGUAGAGUUUAUCCCUCGUUGGUUAUUGACAAAGAUGCCCAUCUUUAUGUUUUCUCCAAUGGAAGCCAGAGUGCAGUGAUCUUUGAACUGAAUGCUUGGAGCAUGAAGCAAGCAGAAUUUGGUCAGGAAGAAAGCAUAAUUUAGC